GGAAAAAGGUCAAGGUUAUAUAUACAUUUAUUGUAUCUCUUUGAUGAAGUGGAGAAACUAGUAUUAUGUCAAUUACGGAUGAAACUAUUAAAGAUAAUCUCAGUCACAACGACAGUCUAAAAUCCGAAAGUAGUGUUAGAAAAAACGAUUUGGAAAAAGUUAUUCAAGAAACAGCUGCAGACUAUUCAUCAUAUAUUCAAGUUGAUUCUUCGGAAGAAAUUAAGAGAUUCGACGAUGAAAUAGAUGGAUUAAUGAAUAAACUAGACGACUUUGUUAAUCUCAUUGAAUUGAUUCGAGAAGACUCAACGUGCUGCUAUGGACAAAUACUACCUCUGGUAGAAACUCAACUUGAAUCUUUAGAUCCGGUUUUCAAUAGCAUAGAUAAACUAGAAAUACUAAUUGAUACCAUAAAGAAACAAAUGAACACGCUUGAAGGACAAGUUUCAACGGCUGAAAGUCAUUUUGGUACAUUUUCAGGGAUAAAAAAGUCAUUUCUAGGAAGACUUUUUGGGAAAAAACAAUUGAAUGAAGAAAUUCCAAAAUAUGUUCGACCAGAGAUAUUUAAGACUGAAGACUUUUUUCAAUAG